AUGAAUAACAUCGACGAUAUUCCAUGUUCAAAGAUUCGACUAAAUCUUUCUGCUAAGAAUUUGUAUGAUUCGGAUGUUUUCUCAAAAAGCGAUCCAAUGUGUGUUGUAUAUCUCGCAAGAGAUGCGAAAUGUGAUGGCAAUUAUCACGAGAUUGCUCGCACAGAGACAAUCCGCAAUUGCUUAAAUCCCGAAUGGUGUAAACCGAUUUUCGUUGAUUAUUAUUUUGAAGAAGUACAAAGAGUUAAAUUCGAAAUAUAUGAUAUUGAUAAUACGUCUUGCCUAUUGUCCGAACACGAUUAUUUGGGCAAAGCCGAAUCGACAUUGGCUGAAAUUGUUGGUGCACCUUCAUCGAGUCGAAUUCUUCCACUAAUAGGUCCAAAAUCCGGAAGGAAAUACGGGGAAAUAAAAGUGAUCGCUGAAGAAGCAGAUGAUGAAGCGAAGGAAACUUUGCAAUUAGUUUGUGCUGCGCGCAAUUUGGAUAAAAAGGAUUUGUUUGGUAAAAGCGAUCCAUUUUUGCAGAUUUAUCGCAUAAAUGAUGACGGAACUGAAUAUUUGUUACAUCGAACAGAAGUUAUUAAAAAGACCGUCAAUCCAGAGUGGAAACUCAUAGAAAUAAGUAUGCAGCGAUUGUCGUUUUCAAAUCAAGAAAGAAGGCUGCGAUUCAAUUGCUACGAUUAUGAUAACGAUGGCGGUCAUGAUUUUAUUGGACAUUGUGAAACAAAUGUUGAUCGUUUGUUGCAAAAGAAAGACCUCGAACUUUUUUUGAUGAAUGAAAAGAAACUGCGGAGAAAAUGGAAAAUGUGGAAAAAAUACCGAAAUUCUGGUGUAUUAAUUUUUCAUACGGUCGCUAUUAAACGCGAAUACUCUUUUCUCGAUUUCAUUACUCGAGGGUACUACUUCGAUUUUCUUUCGCUUUUGUGCAUUGUGGAUUUUAAUGAAUGGGCACAAUUGUGUUCGAUCGUAGUUCAAUUUUCUUCUAUUUAG